AUGGCCCUCACCACGGCGUCCAAGGGGACGUCCACCAUGGCAGAAUACUUCACCAAGAUCAAGAACCUCGCCGAUGAGAUGGCUUCGGCGGGUCGCAAGCUGGAGGACGAGGAGAUUGUCUCCUAUGUUCUCACCGGCCUCAGGGAGGACUUCGACUUCGUUGUCUCUGCGGUGACGGCGCGGGUCGAACCGAUCUCCGUCCAUGAACUCUAUGCCCAGCUGCUGAGUCAUGAGCAACGCAAGGAGGCGCGCGAUGGAGGAUCCAACUUCUCUGUCAAUACGGCAACCAAGGGCGGUCGCGGCGGUGGCAGUCACAACUUCAAUCGCGGUGGCCGUGGCAACCGUUGUGGCUUCAAUCGUGGCAAGCCCGGCCGCGGAGGUGGCGGUGGCCGUGGAAGCAACUUUCAGCCUGGUGUCUUUUGCCAGGUCUGCGAGAAGGAGGGACACAGUGCCUUCAGAUGCUACAAGAGGUUUGAUCAGAACUUCACUCCAGCAUCCCAGAAGAGCGCUUCCUCGGCUACCACCUCCUCCUAUGGAAUUGACACAAAUUGGUAUGUUGAUUCCGGAGCUACAGAUCAUGUGACUAGUGAACUUGACAAGCUCACCGUACGAGAUAAGUAUGGUGGCCAUGAUCAAGUCCACUCAGCAAGCGGUGCAGCUAGUAAAAAUUUACUAUCUGUCCACCGCCUUGCACGUGAUAAUGAUGCUUUUCUUGAAUUUUAUCCAUAUCGUUUCUUCGUCAAGGAGCAGGGCACGAGGAAGGUCAUCUUCCAAGGACCAUGUGAGGGUGGUCUUUACCCGCUGAAGCCAAGCUCGUCCCAGUCGCGUCCCAAUAAAAGAAAUGAUGAUGGCUCGGGUGCAAACGGCGCUGCCAAUGACGCAUACUCCUAUCGUCAUUUUAUGUGCCCCACCACCCAGACUGCGACAGGCGGCUCUUACGAGAUGGAUGCGCCUGCGCAGAUCUCACCUACCUCGGUGUUCUCCGGGAUCCGCGCCCGCGUAGCACCUAAUCGGGCUGGACGCGCCCUCGCCUGA